AUGCUUCUGAAAUUUGUUCAAAGUGUGGCUUUUUUGGCGGCUUUUGCCGUCGCCGUCCCUGCUCCUCAACUGGCGGCUACGGGGACGGAGACAGAAACCCCUUCUCGCCCUGAGGCUGCCCUUCGACCUUUGUGGACAGACGGAAUGCCUACUCGACCAGACGUUGGAGAUAUUAUGCCCACUGGGCCUGACAACGAGACUGAAUCGACAAAUGACCUUACUAUCAUGGCCACCAUCCGCGACCAGUACAAGUUCUGGAAAGGAAAUGGAAAGAACUGGCCGAAGAUGGCAGCAUGGGGUAACUUUGACCAGCUUUGGAGUGCGAACCUCCCCCUAAUGCGCCAGUCUUGCGGUUGGAAUGGCUGGGGUGCUAACAACAAUAACAACGAGAUCAACUACAUGAAGACCGCCAUCAAGCAGGUCGCUAAGGAGUCUGGUGUUGAGUCGCGUUUCAUUCUGGCCAUUAUCAUGCAGGAAACUGCCGGCUGCGUUCGAGCACCCACUACAGCAAAUGGUGUUAGAAACCCUGGUCUCAUGCAGUCUCACAACGGCUCCGGUACGUGUGCUGGCAAGAACCCUUGCCCGAAUAAGCAGAUUCUACAAAUGAUCCGAGAUGGCACCUCUGGCACCAAGUCAGGCGACGGGCUCAAGCAAUGCCUAACCAAGGUCAAGAAGGUUAUUACCAACGCUCCAUACAGGGCCACUUUUGCUGCUGCUCGCAAGUAUAACAGCGGUUCAGUCGAUUACAACAACCUUAACAACCCCUUCACGGCCAGGAAGUGCUACUCUUGUGAUGUUGCCAACCGGCUGACCGGCUGGACCAAUGCGAAGAGGACUUGCUCUUAA